AUGUCUCGCCGACCACCUCGAAAAUUCCCUCUUCUCCGAUUGCCACGUCUCGCUUUGAUUGAAGUUGUCAAGUGUUGGAAUCCUAUUGAAAUAUAUCUAUUCUCAAGAGUCUCUCGGAAAGCGAAAGAAAUCUCAAAUUUGGUCAAAAUGCCAUAUUUGAGACUACAUCUGGCAUUAUACAAAUAUUAUGAAGUAAGCCUUGGCUACCCAAUGUCCUGCAUAAGUAAACACUGGUACUUCCGACUGUAUCCGGGUCUCCGUAAUUACGAGAGAUACAAAAAUGAAAGAUAUUUGGAUAUCUACUCGAAGAAUGCGGGAAAAUCGAUUGGAAAAUUGAUAGAUCAUUGUCUGGAAAUAUUCGAUUGUGAAUUUCGAACAAUGAGUGUAUAUAUCGAUCCAGUAAUGAAAUCGAGUAAUCUCAAUCUAUUCAUGAAUUGGAUCAAUCACAAUGAGAAGUUAUCUAAGAUUCCAUACUUAUCAGCAUUCUGUUUGAAAGAAAGCAAUGAAUUUUUUUUGAACUGGUUUAUGCAGAAUUUGAAGAAGGAUAUUGGAGUUUUGAAUUUACCACACAAUUACUAUGAAACUGAACGCUCCAUGACAGUCAGGGAGAAUGAGAUAAUGUUGAAAGUCAAUGGAAAAGUGGACGAUCUGAGAUUUCAGUCAAGUGAGAAAUUCAUGGAUCUCGAUCACCUGAUUAGAAUGGACUGUGUCUAUUUGCGUGGAGGAGAGACAUUUCUGACUAAUCGAGAUUUGAAUGUAUUCAUGAAAAAUUGGAAGGAAAUGAAGACUAAUGAACGAAUGGAAUUUUAUUCAAUUGGUGCAAAAGAGAAGUUGAAUUGGAGAGUUAUUUUGGAAGGAUUGGAUGGAGAGAUAAGAGAUGUUCGGACUGUUAGAAGGGAGUAUAUGUACCCCUGGAACAAGACAUACAAAGUAAAAGUGAAUGGAGGAGUGGAUAUUACGAGAAUCGAUGGAAAAGUUGCUACGAUUGGAAUGACAUUUCAUAUGAUAUUUCAAGAUGAACCAUUGUCUCGUGAAAUGAUACGUGACUAUCAGAGAUUAAUUGUAGGUCAAAACAUGGAUGAAGAUGAGAUGGAUAUGAACUUCGUGCAUGAUCCUGAAUAUAAACUAACUGCUGAACUACGGAAAGCAUUCUUCGUCAUGGUUAAGUGA